AUGACACCACCAAAUAUCAGCCACUUGAUCGACAGCCGAAGUUCAAACCUGCUCCGAGAAGCCACAGCGCUCGAACUUGAUGGAGUGAAAGUGGCCAUUUACAUCGAGUAUGACGGCUUGACAAAGUGUUUCGUCACCGACGAAAACUUUCAGCCGAAUUGGAACGCGGAACCAGACGCGAAAAUAACAAUUGCGCCAACCCAAAUUUCGAACGAGGAAGAGUAUAAACAUGGCGGUAGCUUGUCGUCCGACUUUGCCUCAUUUUCAGCAUUUGGCAGCCCUGCAUUUUCCGCGCCAAACUCGGAUAUGGUCCGAGCCGAGUUGCCGCUAGAAAGCGGCUCUUUUACACAAAGCAAUCCUUCGAUUUGCGUUUUUGGCACCCCGGUCCUGGAUAGUGUCGAGUCUCCCUCCAGAGCCGCGCUUUGCGACUCCGACACCUUGCUCUUCGGUUUUUGUGGGAUCUCCUCAACUUUGUUCUGCAUUGUCAAAAUCCGGUUCCCCAGUUGUUUCGCCGCUGCCGAGUUACUGCUCCUCUGUGGAGGCCUUUGUGGAAGACAGUAA